GGAACAUGCACAAUAAACUGCUUUUUCACACGCAAUAUCCAAGAUGGCGUCUCUUAGAGUUUUAGUCGGCUGUAAACGUGUCAUAGAUUACGCCGUAAAGAUACGGGUAAAGCCUGACAAAACUGGCGUAGUAACUGAUGGGGUCAAACACAGUAUGAACCCUUUCGAUGAGAUUGCAGUUGAAGAGGCUGUAAGACUUAAAGAAAAAGGCAUAGCUUCAGAAAUUGUGGCUGUGAGUUGUGGACCAGCUAAAAGUGAGGAAACUCUUCGCACAGCCCUUGCCAUGGGAGCUGAUCGUGGUAUCCAUGUAUUGUUAAAUGACAAAGAAUAUGAAGGCCUACAGCCUCUUGCAGUAGCCAAAAUUUUUGCAAAGAUCACGGAACAAGAGAAUCCAAAUCUGAUCAUCUUGGGAAAACAGGCAAUUGAUGAUGAUUGUAAUCAGACAGGACAGAUGUUGUCUGCACUGCUUUCAUGGCCUCAGGCAACAUUUGCAUCCAAACUAGAAAUGAAAGAUGACAAACUGGCAGUGACACGUGAAAUUGAUGGUGGAUUAGAGAUGAUUGAUGUGAAGAUGCCAUGCGUGGUUACAGCAGAUCUGAGGCUAAAUGAACCUCGCUAUGCAACUCUUCCAAAUAUCAUGAAAGCCAAAAAGAAGAAGAUUGACAAGAAAUCUCCAAGUGACUUGGGUGUUGAUGUCUCACCCAGAGUGGAGACAUUAAGUGUGGAAGACCCACCUGUCAGGGAGGCUGGAAUUAAAGUAGAAACAGUAGAUGAUCUUGUCGGAAAACUUAAAGAUCAAGGAUUCUGCUGAUCAACGAACUCAACAAAUCAACGCAGUAAAUUUGGACGAUGAUCUUGUUCAAGAUGAUCUUGCUUUUUGUCCAGUCCAGUUGUUAGAACACACAUGUUUUAGUGGACAUGGCUGGAAAAUUUUGAAAUGGCAAUAGUAUUUUGUUAUUAAAUGGCACCACUUUAAGUCUCUACUGGUCUUUUUGGCGUUAGUUUAUGGUACAUUGCUUUAGUUUACAUUUGCUGUUGAAUCUGUUAUCAGGUGAUGUAAUAGAAUGUGAUGUAACAUUCAACAGCAAAGUAAAGUAUUGAUACCCUCUG